UUAAAAGUUUAGGGGUACAUGUAUACAUUUGUUCCUUUUCGCUUUCAUCAAUUCUGAUCGCCCAUCGUCUUCUGUGGCCCUGUCCGAGUCGGUGACGCUCUCACGCCGGUCGGUGCUAUCCGCAAUCCUCCCAGUCUGCAACCAGCAAUUCUCUGCCGCAGAUCACAGUGAGCUACUGCCUCUAGUCGCUUGUCUUCUGAUUCCAGAAAGUGGGGAAAAAAUUAUUGGCAAUCUGGCAAUAAUUACUCUAUGACUCAAGCAGGUAUAGAAUUCAGAAUGGAAAAUGAAGGGAUUGCAAACUCGAAGAAACGAAUGAAACCCUCUGCGGAAACUGAAUCAAGCGAGUCUGAAGGUGCUAUAACAAAGGUUGCAGAAGAUGAAGCUGCAGUAAACACCACGGUUUCUGAACAAAUGGACCUAGAGAUUGCUCAAGUUCAUGAAAAGAUCAAUCGCUUUACUCAGCUGGUAUCGGAGAUGCUGGAAUCAGGGAAGUCCAUGCUGAAGGAAUUGAGUAAUGAAUUUGAAGAACGAAUGAUUUUAAUUCAUCAAGAACAGAUGGAGAAGUGGCAGGAAGAAAUCAAGGAACUGCGUUUGCUUGAUGCCUCAAAUGAGGAAGCUGAUGCGGUUUUACAGAAUGCCAAGUACCUAUUUCGACAUGUUCAUGUUGACUCGUGAAGGAAUUUGACAACUUAUUCUACAUUCAAGAGGCUUGACCACGGCAAUAAAUGACGCACUUAUUUGGUUUAAUGCUAGCUAAUUAUUAUAACGGUUUUAUGUGUAUUAUUAUAGCUAUUAAUGUAAUUAAAGUAGCAAUUACUUAGAAGGACCGACCGACAUCAAUGACGACAUGAAGACGACUUUGAAUGUCGUCAUAACGGUCGAAACCAUCAACAACGGACAAAAAGGCAUUGAUUGCCCCUCUUAUAAGUAGCAUCGAGCUCAACUUACAUUCUAUUUUGCUCUCUUAGCAUCCUUGUUGUUCUUGCCAUCUUUCUUAGUGUUCUUGUACGAAACCCAA